GUAAACGGCGGCGCCUGUGACAUGCUGCUGUCUCGCGGCUUUACAGCAGCUGCACUUGAAAGCACCGAGACGACUCGAAUAACAUGAUUUCCUAGCAUAAAUAUAAAUAUACAUAGUAGCCUUGAGGAAGUCUAGGGUGUAAGGACAAUCGGGUACUGUACACGUAAAGCCGAACACGAGCCAAAUCGCCUAAAAGUUCGCUGGACGAUAUUUCAUUUUUUUAUUCGGCAUAUGGAGACUCUCCGCUCAAGAUAAACCACAGUCUUUGAAAUGAUACAUGUCUGCAAUGGCGAGGGGUCUGUUUUCACGGGCCUGGAUGUCAAAGACCUUUCACUUUCAGGCUCGCCUGUCUUAUAUUCAAGUGAAGUAUCUCUUCCUCACAUGGCUUGCGGUGUUUGUGGGCAGUUGGGUCGUGUAUGUGCAAUACUCUACUUACACUGAGCUGUGCAGAGGACGAGAAUGCAAAAACAUCAUUUGUGACAAAUACAUUAAAGGUAUUAUUGAUGGCUCUGCCUGUAGCAGCCUAUGUGAAGAAAGCUCAUUGUACUUUAGAAGGUGCCUCUCCACCAAGUCAAACAAUCAGGUAUAUACAGGCAGCUGGGGUGACCAGGAUGGCGUCAUUAAGUGUCAGCUGGGUGACGUCCUGCACUAUGAGCUGGGAGAGGAACUGGAGCCAAAGAAAGAGAUAGCACUCUUUGACAAACCCACUCGUGGGACCUCUGUAGAGAAGUUCAAAAAGAUGGUUGCAAGUCAUUUGAAGACAAAAGUUGGACAGCAAGCAAACCUCUCCAGUUUGGUGACCCUGAUUCUUUCUGUGGCAGACAGCAACAAAGACGGCCAUAUCUCUCUCCCAGAGGCCAAGACUGCUUGGGCUUUACUUCAGCUCAACGAGGUUCUACUUGCGGUGGUUCUCCAGGACCGCGAGCACACCCCUAGACUUUUAGGUUUCUGUGGGGACCUGUAUGUAGUGGAACGGGUGCCCCACGUGCCACUGUUUGGACUCAGCCUUCCAUGGCCCAUGGAGCUGUGGAUCCCAACAGGGAUGCGGCAAAGCAUGGACCAGUGGUUUACACCUUCAUGGCCCCGCAAGGCCAAAAUCUUUAUCGGUUUGCUGGAACUUAUAGAAGACAUAUUUCACGGUACCUUUGGAAGCUUCUUAAUGUGUGACAUGAGUGCCAGUACUUUUGGUUACACCGAUCGCCAUGACCUUAGACUGGUUGAUGGGCGGCGUGUGGUAGCUGAAGAGGCCUUCAAACAGGCCAUGAUCCUCCAGCGCUGUGAGAAAGACGAGGACUGUGUUUACAGUGUAGACUGUAGGACUUCAUGCAACCGUGCUGAACAUCGUUGCACGGCCGAGGUGGCUCAGCCCAACCUGGCCAGGGCUUGUAGAGCACUGAAGGAUUACCUCCUGCGAGGAGUUCCCUUCCAUCUACAGGAAGAGCUGGAGAAGCAGCUGUACUCCUGCAUGGCCCUCAAAGGUUCAGCCGAGCAGAUGGAAAUGGAACACUCGCUCAUUCUCAACAACCUCAAGACAUUGCUGUGGAAACAGAUCUCUCACACUAAAGACUCUUAGAGAAGUAACAUUGACAACAUUGAGAUUCUUGAUUGUCUUUUUAGGGCUCAACAAUAAGGAUUUAUUUUUUUGCUGCUUGGAACAGUAGUGCAGAUUUUUUUACUUGCCUUGCAACAUUUUAAAUGCCCCAGCUACAAAAAAUAAAUAAGGUACAUAAAUUGUAUUUUUAGCAACAUAAUGCAUCAGGAAAAAAAUAUUUUUCAUUGCACGUUACAUUUUCUUGAAAAAAAUAAUUCACUACAAAUAAUUUGAAUUUAACUACAGGUUUUUUAAGUAAAUUAACUGGCUUCAUAAAAUAAGUGGCCCCCGCCACAAAAAAUAAGAUUAAUAAAUUAUGAAUUAUAUCAAUAUUUUUCAUUUAAUGUUCUGUUUUCUUGAAAAAUAUAAAACAAUUAAUUUUCUACUAUAAAAUUUUUAGGUUAUAUUGUUCUUGGAAAAGAAAAAGCAAUUCAUUUACCACAAAUAAUUUAAACUUUGGCAUUUGGUCCAGAACAUUACUAAUUUGUUUGAUGCCACCUAGACUAUCACAAGUCUUCCUUGAAAAUUCGACAAAAACAUAAUCUCUGUUAGCCAGCUAGAUAACGCUACCUGGCGACAUAUUUAAUUCACAACAACAAUGUUCAACGUUCACACAAAACAAAAUGUUUAAAUUUGAAAGGCAUGAAAACAUGGACAUGAUCAACAAAAGCAAGAUGUUGACUGUGUCCGAAAGCUAAAAAAUUGCUGCCUUCGGAAACUGUAUGCGUAAGUAGGAAGGCAUUAAGAAAUGUCUGAAUCCUAAAUCUGCGUCACAUCCUGUCUUCUGAGAUACCUUCAUCUGGCCAGUUUUUGAAGGCAGCAUAGAAUUUGAUAUCCCAAAUUUCUACGCAUGCGAUUCGCUGGUUGGUUGAAAGAAUGGCGUCUGAUGAAGUGGAUGAAAGCAUUAGUUUUAGUAAAUUAGUAAAGCAUUUUUUAGUACAUUUUUUUCAAUUAAUGACUCUAGUGACUCACAUUUCUAGUGAGAAAUAUUCAUUGUAGUUUCUAAAUAUUUGCUUGGAUAUGUCUUAAGCUCACUAGAAAUAGUUGUAGGUCAUUAGACAUGACGUUAUUGUGCCUUGGAAUGGUGUCCGAAACAGGUUUCGCCUUCAUAUGCCUGUGAAUUAACUGACUGGGCAGUGAGGCAUCAAGGCCUUAGAUUUUGGACACAGCCAUAGUGACAACCAGCACUGCCCCAACAGGGCAAGUGACGGUUCUGUCAACUGGCCCAAAACUCUCUCACAUUGGCCCCAGGCCAUCGUUCCAUCCUUCUUGUUGAGCUCUGCUUUUUCAUUUUGCAGGAAUCUGACAGAAUAGAAUGCUGGUAGGAAAACUAAUAUUGCCUCAGUCUUGGUAGGCUCAAGAAGUGGCUGGAAGAAAGUGGCUGAUGACGAAAUCCAGUGCUGCUGAUACUGAUCUUAACAAGUCCUUUCUUGUGAUGGAAUUAGAAUUACAACAAAUUAUGCUCAGGCUCAACAUCUGAGUAACAUUCAAAUUUAUGUUUUGUGUUUAUGUCUUCACACACAAAAAGUGAUCAUGCUUAUUUUACAUGUCCUUCAAAUGUAAUGGAGCAAAUGAUGAUAACUUUGCAUCCAUUGUUGGAUGUUAACAGAAAGCAAAGGAAUGCACUCACCACCAAUGUGGUUGUGUCAGUCUUGUAUUGUAAUGUUUGUCAUUAAUGAGCACAACAAAAAGAGCCAUUCUGGAAUGGACAUAUGAAUCAAAUGCCUUGAUAUGCAUGUUGCAGUUUUAUUUUCAAUGCUUUUGUGUUCAAAUCCAAAUGUUUACAAGAAUGGGUUCAAGGAGUAGAGCCCUUCUCAAACAUAGAAUGACAUGGCAUUGUCGGCUCAUUAUUUAUUUUAAAUUAUUGAUCACUUUGGUAUGUUGGGUUCAGUCUGGACUCAUAAGGCAUGUCACUUGAUAUGGUAAAGGUGGUUUUAUUUUAAGCUAAAACAAUAUGAAAUAUGAUGUCUGUCGUAACAGUCAUGAGUCAUGCUGUACUAAUGGAAGAGAUAAAAGGUGCCUCAUGUUUUGUUUUUAUUUUAUGAUCCAUUUUUCAAUAGGAUAUUUUGGGUUGUACAUAGUCUGCUUCAAUUCAUAACAUAUUGCUGCUGAUUAAGAGUAAAGCUGAGAAUUUUAUUGCAUGACUUUGCACAUUAAAAUGUUUCAAAUAA